AUGUCUGUCGGGAAAAAAACGGCGGAUCGUCGCGCCUCGAAAUCGCCAAUCAUCGCUGUGCGACUGGAAGCCGCGGCUUGGGAUUUGGUGCGCGACAGCGGUGAGGCGAGACAUUUCGCUGCGACAAUCCGCCGUUUUUUUUCCGACAGACUGAUGAAAGUGUAAGUCCAAGUUUAGGCCUGGAUUUGAUUGCGGCAUAAUAAAAUUUCCUUUCAAAAAUUGAAAAAAAAAAUAAAAAAUAAAAAAAUCAUAAAAUUUUUUUUUUCAAAAAAUUUGAAUAAGUUUUCCCAUAAAAAACCCAAAACUUUUCCCCAAAACAAAUUUGCAUAAGUUCAACCCCAACCUUUCAUGGAGCCAAAAUUCCCAUUUCUUGCUCAGUCGGCGUGUCCGCAGACCCCAUGGACGGUCGGAUUGUUCCCUUCGCCGGCCGAGCAUCUUGAACUUGCUCAUCGCGGGAAGAUCGGUGGUUCAUCUGAAGAAGGCUGGGAAAAGGCCUUAUCAAAAGGUGGCCCAUUGUUGCUUGGUAAGUGCGGGGGAGAUUUUUUUGAAGGUUAGUUUUAGUUUUAAGCCGGCUUAAUUUGGCAAAAAUUUUGAUUUAGUUUUGAGGCUUGCGUAACUUUGGGGCUGCUUUGCCCUUCUUGUAUGCAAGGCAAAAUACGAGUCUGUUUUUGUGUAUUAUAAAAUACGUAGAGCCCUCCUUUUUGUGAAUUGUUUUAGCAGCCCAUUCAACACUAGUCUUUUCGGAAAGUCGCUGGAAUGAUUUCGGCGACAUGCACUGUGAAAAAAGAAGCUCACUUUGCGCUGUGCAAUUUCUUGCUUUUUGUUCUGUGGAAUUGGCUUUUUUUCGGCUGUCGCUUCCAUCCUGACUUUUUUGCACAGUGCAUGUCGCCGUAAUCAAUCCAGUGACUUUCCAAAAAGACUAGUAUUGAAUGGACUUUGCCAACAUUAGGAUAGACUAGACCGGGGUGAAAGUAGGCAACAAAAAACCUAUCAGGAAAAUAUGAUAGUAUUGGUAUUCUGUCGCAUUGAUUCAUUUCCCCUGCCGCGGAAAUGAAUUGUCUGCGGCUCCAGUUUUUUUAUCUUGAUUAUUAUUAAUCAUUCAUUCAUUUAGGGCCCAACAAAGCUGGCCAGGCGUUUAAUUGAACCAGGGUCAAAGGUGGAAAUCACGCUCGGUCGUCCGGCAGCCGUUCUGGAACAAUCAAGGUCGACGAGAGCAAGCCGACCUUUUGAAUGGCGGACUGGUGCUUCGAAGAGCGCAUGGGACUUUGCCAAUCUGCUGACUGUUGGCUGGUAUGGUCGCUUCAAGGUGGAACGGGCGUUUUGGUAAGUUUUCGUUGUCUUGAUUGAUACUCGUUUUUUGUACGCUAGGAGUAUCUGUUUGAUUGGUAUAUGAGUGAGUUUUUAGCGGGUAAUAUUUUGAUUAUAAUAAUUUUUGCCAUACUUUUUUCAGUGCCUUCCGGUGCAAUUCGGAUGAAAGCGUUCGGCCGAACUUCGGUCAAAGGUGGAAAUCAAGCCGGAGUCGACUCGGAAGUCCGUCGGAGUUUCGAAACUACCCUCCGCGUGGCACUCCAAUUGGCAAGUGGGAUGGAAGUUUGGUCAUAGGUGGAAAUCAAGGUGUGCUAUGGAACCCAUACGGCAGGAAUGAGUAG